AUGAACGGAUUUAAUAUUGAUGCUAUUUUAGGCAAUCAGAUUGUACAACACAAUAAUCUAACUUUAAACAAUACACAAAUGAUUAAUGAUAAUCACACGGAACAAAUUAACACUUUGUAUCAAAAUUCAACAAUGAAUACUAAUAUCAAUGUUAAUAAUAUAUCAAGUAAAUUAACAUUUGUUUUACAUUGUUUUACAUAUUAUUGUUAUCAGUUUCAAUAUUCUUAUAGAAUAACAACAUUUGAAUCAAUUCAAACAAUUUUACCUGAAUAUACAUUCAAUGAACGUUUAAAUUAUAGUGAACUAUCAGAACAAGAUAAAAACAACACUUGUAAUAAUUCUAUUAUACAAAAUGAUGAUGAUAUUGUACAUAGUUCAAAAAUUUAUAAAAAUCGUAGUCCACGUAUACCAUUUUCACGUGAUCAAAUAUUUGGAUUAGAACGAAAGUUCCAGAAUUCAAAAUAUUUAAGUGGAUGGGAAGUAAAACAAUUGGCGAGAAAUUUAAAUCUUACAGAAACGCGCGUUAAAAUAUGGUUUCAAAAUCGUCGAGCCAGAGAACGCCGCGAUUCUAUUGAAUUUAAUUCAAACAAUGCUAUAAAAUCUUUAAAAACAGAUAAUGAUUGUUUUACACAAUCUUAUCAUGAACAUGAUGAGUAUAUAAUACAAAACAGUUAUAAUUUAAGUUCCAUAGCAAUUGAUAACCAAAUUGAUUAUCAAUAUAAACACAAUAAUUCACUUUCAAAUUCCUGUAUAUCAUCUUUACCAUUUACUGCAUUCCAUUCAAACUUAAAAAAAUCGGACUUCAUUUUCAAUUUUAUUCCGGAUGUUAAACAGCCAUUAAAUCAGACAAAUAACGAGUUAUUAAUCCCAGUAUCAAUCACGAAUGAUUUCGUGAAUAUAGAUAAACAAGAUGAACUAUUAACUGGCAUACCUAACAUAACUGCUAAUAAAGCCAUGCAACGUAACAAUAAUAGUAACGAUAAUAAUAAUGAUAAUAAUUAUUUCAUCAUACCUGUAACUCAUAAUUCGGAUGCAUAUUCAACUAUAUAA